AUGUUAAAUCUCAGCCGCUGUUUUCUACCCUCAGUAGUCCUACUGAAUCUUUUUGGAUCCCCGUUUUCUUCAGCCCAGGACCCAGGAUCAGUUUGCGUCCUUAGCAAUGCACCUCAGCAAUGCGGCGCUUUCUGUUUGUCGGCAUUGGAGCCUCUGUUCGGUCGCGUGGAGAGGAUAGAAGCUCACUUAGAACAACUGCUUAUCAAGGUGGACGCCCUGAACGACGCCCCAAUGGGGAACGAGGAAGCACUGCGGGGAAUGGAGGCUUCAGAAAGCAAGCUGCUAAGCGAACUAGCAGUUAUAAGGAAGGUGGUAUCCAGAAUAGAUGGAAGAACCGUGCCUCUGGGAUUCGAGCGCAUCGGCUCAAGGUACUUUUAUAUAGAAGAAACUCAGCAACUGACUUGGAGGACUGCUAAACUAACCUGUCGCCGGUUGGGAGGCCAUCUGGCAGCCGUCAAAGACCAAGAAGAACUUGAGAAAAUCAGUGCUAGGCUUAAGUACAACACCUACUACUGGCUAGGCCUAUACGAGCCUGCAGCACGGAGGCACUUCAGCUCUGUGGCCUCCAACAAGACCGAUCCCUUCACAAAUUGGAGGUCGCCGGAACCGAGUUACGAAGACGAAACGUCACCGCACUGCGUUUUAUUGAUAUCGGGCCUCAUGCAUGCUGAAGACCUCACAGAUACUGCUAGUAAAAGCCAGCUCCGAGGUUUCGUAACAUUCACCCGUGGUUCUGCAGAGCCAGAAACCACCCGCGAGUCGGCCGACUGUUAG